GUGUAAUCGAGUAGCUGCUAUUGAUUGGUGCAUGACGAUCGGCAAUAGGCAACCCCCGCAAACGCCGCAGCAAUCGGCUGGUUCCGGGUGGCGACGAACUUGACGUGGUACAUCUGUGCUCAGCACAUGUCGGGCUCUCCUGCACUCCUCAACCCUCUUCCUCUGGUUGCAGAACAACAAAAUGGGCCCGGCAGUUGCCCAACUACCUAAGCUGGUAGUCAGGAAUGCCAAAUUCUUCUUGGCUACCUGGCGCCACGCUGCGAAACAGAUACAGAACCAACUCCCAGCUGCUGUACGACCAACACAAGCCGAACUCCAGCCCAUUCUCGCUCGAAAUGCUCCAAAGCAUCCUAUCCAUCGCCUUGCUCAACUAAAGCAAGCCAAAGGGCGCUGGUAUACAACGCAUAGCACCAUCACCGCAGCCGUCCGACGCUUCACUUCAUCAUCGGCUCAACACGGCGGCGUAAAGUUCGAUCGUGCAUCGUUCCCCAAAUCGCGGACUGCCGAUGCUGUGCUCAGACACUCUGGUCGAGCUCCGUUUGCUUCCACACUGCGCCCGAAUCUUACCGGUGGAACCCUCGGAAGGACUUCUGGGGGCUACGCUUGGGGUUCUGGACGAGCCGGUGGCGCCAGAUAUUUCUCCCAUGGCCCUGCCGCCCCAGCACAAGUCAUUAACAAUGUGUCUCAAGCUGUCCGCGCAUUUGUAGUGUCUGGACAGAAAGCACACUUCAAUGGUGUUGACCCACGUACUGGCGAGAAGCGCUUCAAGUCCGUAUCCACGCUACAAGACCAGGUCCAUCGCACUCUCGCCUCAGUGCCAAAAGUCACUCCUGGAUCGUUCAUCAGCUUCAACAUCAACCCUACUGUUACUGCUCUCACCCCUUUGACCGCGGUCAAAGGGUUCGCCUCGUUCGCUGAGGAGAAAGAGUCGCUCAACAAUGAUGGUCUUCUUGACGUUCUCUCUAUUGACUUUUCCCGUGCUGUAAAGGAGCUCGCUGUUGUGUUGAAUGACCUUCAGCGACUAUCUGCGCUCGGUGAUCUACCAAUUACAUACGAAGCAUCAACUCUCAAGAUACACUUUCCUGGGUGUGACGCGGAAUCUGUCGAGAGGAUAUGCGAUGAGCUAAACGUUCAGCGGGGUGUGAUCCAUCAGGAUGAAGAUUUCGAUGCCUUCGUUGGUACCGAAAUCGCGCUGCUUUUCCCCUUCGCAUCCUCGCGCACGCCAUCCGAGUGCUCUUUCUACGAGAAACCCGUUCAAGAACGUCAGUACCCUAUUGAAUGGCAGCACAUGAUGACGCCGUCUGUCGUAAGUUCGGUAUCUGAUGCAUACUCUACCAUUUCGGAAGACGGUAUGGACUUUGAGGAUAUAGGACAAGAAAACCCUUGGGCCACACUGUCAUCUCCAUCAGGAUACGAGAGUCUCCAUGUUAGUGAGGCCGAUGAGAUGGAUCACCACUCACCCUUGGAAUACCAGGGCAUCGAAGGGAUAUAUCGGUUCAUGGAACACUGCGAGUCGUGA